CCUUGUAUUGAUCCAUUAAUAUAUCUAAUUUACUUAUGUUCCAAUUCAACUGAGAAACUCUCUCGAGCUUACUUUGUUUCCUCCCCAUUAAUAUUAAUCAAGCAUAGCUACCUACCAUGAGCACUCUUUCUGAAGCCUAUCGAGACCUUCCUCACCAUCCCCACCAUAUUAUCCCACUAGACUUUGAUUCGGUCCGAACCUUGCCCGACUCACAUGUAUGGCAGCCUACUUCCCAUGCCUCUGAGUCCGAAGACCGAUUAUCGAUUCCCACUGUCGACCUCAAGGAUCCUGAUGCAGGGAAACUGAUAGGGCAUGCUUGUGAGGCAUGGGGCGCGUUCCAAGUCACAAACCAUGACAUUCCAUUGGACCUAUUCCAUGAAGUUGAGUCCGAGGCUAGAAGACUCUUCUCUCUCCCGACAGGACAGAAAUUGAAGGCCUUAAGGUCUCCUGGUGGAGCCACCGGCUAUGGCUUAGCUCGGAUUUCGCCAUUCUUCAACAAGUAUAUGUGGCAUGAAGGGUUUACAAUCAUGGGUUCUUCUAUUGAUCACGCUAGGGAUCUCUGGCCCAAUGACUACCGAAGGUUUUGCGAUGUAAUGGAAGAUUAUCAGAAGAAAAUGAAGGAGCUAGCCGUAACCCUAAUGCAUCUAGUUCUCAAGUCCUUGGACAUAUCUGAAGAAGAAAUAAGUAGAGUCGUUUCAGCUGGAGGUGACAGCACUGCUUUACAGCUGAACUCUUAUCCAUUAUGUCCUGACCCAAAUCGAGCCAUGGGUCUAGCUCCCCACACAGACACUUCCCUCUUGACAAUACUACACCAAAGUACAGUAAAUGGCUUGCAAAUCUUCAAAGAAGGAGUUGGUUGGGUUCUAGUAUCUCCCACAAACGGAUCUCUUGUAGUAAAUGUGGGUGAUCUCCUGCAUAUUCUCUCAAAUGCUCAGUUUCGUAGUGUUCUUCAUCGUGUGGUUAUGAAAGAGAACCAACAAAGGCUGUCCUUGGCUUAUUUUUACUGCCUUCCUUCUGAUUUCCAUAUCUCUCCUCUGGCUUUGAAUUCUACCCAAAUGCCUCUAUAUCGUUCUGUAUCGGUCAGAGAUUAUAUUGGCAUCAAGGCUAAGAAUCUUGAGAAAGCACUAUCUUUGAUCAGAAUUUAGGGGAAAGGUAUUAGUUGUGAUAUAUGUGUGCAUCUAUCUACAUAAAAGUUAAGGAUAGAAUCCGGAGCAAAGACACGAGGGUGAGUUCUCGAUCGUAUUGCCUAAAAUUAAUGAAAGCUCUCUCUAUUCCAUACAUCGUGUAAUAUUACAGUACUUGUUUUGGCUUGUUCA